GUUUUUACUGCAGCAGCACAUUAUGUUUCUCCUGAUUUCUUUGUUGGCGGUCGUCGCCGCCACCGCGCAGUCGCCGCCUAAACCAUAUUACAACAUUGGCGACGCUCACAACCUGUUCGAAGAAUAUGUACAAAAACACAACAAAGUAUACAAUUCCGAAGAAUACUUGAAACGACUUGACAUUUUCAAGCAUAAUCUAGAGCGGAUCAACGAACGCAAUGCAAGAGAUCCACAGAGCGAGGUCGGAAUCAACCGCUUCACAGAUUUAACUAUGGAAGAACGACGUCAAUAUCUGGGUUUUAGGCGCUUUGAUGCCACGAGUGAUGAACGCGCCAUUAGGCUGGAGUACCCUGCUGAGGCGAUAACAGCCCCCCAGGAGUUCGACUGGCGUGAACAUGACGCGGUCGUGCACGUGAAGGACCAGGGCCGUUGUCAGAGCAGCUAUGUGUUUAGUGCGAUUGGAAACAUUGAAGGGCAGUACGCCAUUAAGCACAAAAAGCUAAUCUCUCUUUCUGAGCAACUGGCAUUAGAUUGCAUGAAUCCAUCUAGGCUACUACCUAGCACUUGCAUGGGAGGCUGGCCUCAUGAUGUUAUGCAGCAUUAUCUGUAUAUGGCACCUUAUUAUGGUGUAGCGUCUGAAGAAGAAUAUCCUAAUACUGGCAAAGUAAACCAGGAUAAUUGUGCAUGGAAUCGAACUACUUCAACAGUUACUAACGUAACGGAAUUUCAAAUUAUUAUCCCGAAAAACGAAGAAACGCUAAUGCAGCUUCUGUACGAAACAGGACCUUUGGCAGUAGGUUUUGAUGCUACCAGGUUGUUUGAAUACACAAAAGGCAUCUACAUCCCUGUAGAAUUCGACUGCAGAUACGAGCCGAAUCAUUCCGCUCUAUUAGUUGGCUACGGAAUAGAAAACGGAACUAUGUACUGGACUCUGAAGAAUUCGUGGGGCGCAGACUGGGGAGAAAGAGGCUAUUUCCGCCUGGCUCGAGGUAUGAAGGCCUGCCAUAUGGGCCUGGCGUACACGGCCACAUGCACUAUCACUUAAUUACAUUAGAUCGUGUCAUUCACGAUGACGCGUGUAAGAGCUUCAUUAACCUAGAAAUCCAUGGAGCCCUUGUGCAGAUUUAAUUAGCAAAAUUUGUUUAGUAAAAAGUAGCUUAAAACAAAAUAAGAUUAUUUAGAAAUUUUGAACAUAUUUUCGCCUUCGGUUACGUAAGUCUAAUAUCGACAAAAUAUUAAAAAUUGACAUUGUACACUCAAUAAACGCAUUAAAAAAGAGGUUUUUUAUUAUCUUGUUA